GUUCAAGCUCCGUGUCCUUGUGCCAAGCCUCAAAAGCAAUCAAAUGCCUAAUCUUGCAAGGCUGAGAAGGUACAUCGUAUACUGCUUGGGAAGCAAAAGUGGAUACAUUGUCACGUUCGUUCUUCUCUAUAAGACCAGCCUAGCAAUUCAUCGUGCGCCUACUAAGUACUUCAUCAUCAUCUCGAUCUUCACACUCUUACGCCAUCUCUGCUCGAGUUGAAUAGUUAAUAAUGCACUCGACAUCCGGGCCAGUAAGCUUGGUGGCUUCUUCGUUAUUGAUAGUUGCAAGUGGUCAAACUUUGUACCAACCAUGCCCCCUUCUUCGCGCAUACUAUCCCGGUCCCACACUGGACAAGGAUUCGGAAACCGUCAAAAGCUUCACACAAGAAUUCACAGGUGUCUUCGAUGAUUUGAUCGCCAGUGGCGGUAGGGAUGACUUCGGCGCCAUCACACCGAACACGACUUCAUUCUCAGUGGUGCUGUUCUCAGGCGCCGACUCAGCCGAGGCAGAUCCCGUCUUCUUCGAGUACCACUAUACGGCAACUGCACUAAACGGCACGUCUAACGUCUCUGCCCAGACCGUCUUCCCGGUUGGAGGCCUAACACAAUUGUUCACGGUGUACACAUGGCUGGUAGAGGCCGGCGAUGAAUCCUGGGAAUCGCCAAUCACUGAAUUCCUCCCGGAGCUCAGCAACGCAAAUGCAACCACCAGCUCUUCAGAAUACGAUAUCGGCUUAACCGUUGACUGGGACUCUGUCACGGUUGGAAGUCUGGCCUCUCAUAUGUCAGGUCUUGUACGGGACUCCAACGCAUGCAGCAUUUUUGAGGACUGCGACAAGCAGAAAUUUCUAGAUGCUAUUUUUUCGAGCGUCCCAUACUUCCUCCCAGACACGACCCCCAUAAUCUCCAACGCGGCAUUCCAGCUCCUGGCGUACGCCAUCGAAUCCAAGACCGGACGAUCGUUCUCGGACGCGCUGAGCUCCUCGGUCCUCGACGCCCUAAACAUGACGCAAACAGGGCUGCUCAGCCCCUCCACCGCGGUCUUCGGCGGCCAGCCCCCCAAAAACUUCACCUCCUCCGGCGCCGGCGACCCCGCCGCCCAGUCCCUCUACGCCAGCACCGCCGACCUUGCCAAAGCCGGGCACGCCAUGCUCUCCUCGGCCCUCCUCGCGCCCUCGCAGACCCGCCGCUGGCUCUCCCAGCCCGCCGCCGACACCUCGAACCUGCGCAACGGCGUCGGGCGGCCCUGGGAGAUCUACCACGCGGGCCGGCUCGCCAACUCGUCCAUCCUGGACGUGUACACCAAGACUGGGUCCAUCGGGCGCUGGAGCAGCUACUUCGGGCUGGCGCCGGACUUCGGGGCCGGGUUCGCCAUCCUGGCGCAUGACGCCGACACGCCCGGGGCCCCGGACCUCAACGUCUACGCGGACGUGGUGUCGCUGGCACUGGUGGCGCUGGAGGGGGCCGCGGCCGCGGAGAUGGCGGCGAGGUAUGCGGGGGAGUUUGUCAGCGAUGGGGCCAAGGCGGUGCUGGAUGUGGCGGAUGGCGGGCCCGGGCUAGUGGUUGAGGAGCUCGUGGUCGCAGGGUUGGAUGUGAGGGGGGAGGCGGCGGCGAGGCUGGAGGUCGAGGUCGGGAGCCUGGAUUUCAGGCUCUAUCCUAGCAACGUGGUCAGCGGUGGUCUGCAGCAGUUCGUCGCCGUAUUCCAGGACCGGAACGCGCCGGCUGAUAUGGGCACGCCGACUUGUAUUACUUGGAUGGAUGUUGGUGCGCUGGAGGGCAUCCCUGUGCGGUUCGUCUUUGAGAUGGGCGAUGGUGGGGUCGCUGUUGGGUUGCGAAUUCCGGAUAGGCGGGCUCGUUUGGACAGGGCUUAGGAAUUUGAUUAUUUCGGGCAUAGAUAGGUAUCGAUCACAUCAGAUAUUUUAUCACAGCAGUCACGGUC